UGCUGGUCCUCACAAUGCGCGUUGUUCCGGUCUCUGUCCACACAGAAUAUUCGCCAUCAUCUCAGUCUCCGGUUCUUUCAGUCAUGGUGUCAACUGAGUUUCUUUCUGUCUUUGUAGCUGCGUAUUGACGUUCAGCCGCCACUGCCAUCGACCAUCUCCCCCUCAGUGAGCUGCUUGCUGCACAAAGACCCCCGACAGCUGACCUCUUCAUUGACCCCACGAGGACAAUGGCAGCAAAGUGCGGACACACGGAGAAGUCCUGGCUGGCAUUGUGUGUCCUGCAUCGCACUUUGUUGUCAUGCUGCAUGUUGUUUUCCCUACAACCGAUUUUCCGCCAUGUCAGUGUGACGUAGGCAGUAGUCAAGGAAGUCUUGAAAACUGUGGACCGACACCAUAUUGUGCGACAACAUUUGGCGAUAUCGUCGUUUGACGUUGUCGUUGACGACUUUACUUGGCAUAUCCAGCAGUAGCAAGUCCGGGUACACACCCCACCUACCCCACUCCUCUCGUCAGGCCUGAUUGCAGAUGAAUGCCGACACCAAGCCAUUCUUCAAACAAAAGUGUAAUGACACUUGUCCUGGUGUUUGCUAUCCUUGGUGUGACGUCACCGUGCUGCGGCCAGCAGUGGCGAAAGUGACGGGCGCCAUGACACACGUGGCCUUUGGCGAGUCCGGCGUGUGGGGGGUCAACUCGAGGGGUGACAUCUUCUACCGCGAGGGCUCCUACAACAACGCCGACAACACAGACCAGUGCGCAGUGUGGAGCAACAUUCCCGGCAGUCUCAAGCAGAUCGAUGUGGGCAGAGACUUUGUUAUCGGCGUCAGCAGCUCCGACGACAUCCUCUACAGAACGGGCAUCUCGCCAUCACAGCCAACCGGCACCAACUGGUCUCCACUGGAGGGCUCACUGAAGCACGUGACUGUAUCCUCCAAUGGCUCUUUGUGGGGAGUAAACUCAGGGACGAGGUUUUCUUCAGGACUGGCACCAGUCCCACCAGCCCAGCGGGCAGCGCCUGGCAAAACGUACCCGGGUACUUGAGGCAGAUUUCCGCAGGACCGUCCGGCGUGUGGGCUGUCAACAGCGUCAACGACGUUUACUACCGCGAGGGCACGUACGGCGGGGACAGCAACGUGGGCAUUGGUGGCGCCAAGUGUCCGGUAAACUUACUUACGUCACUUCCGGGUCAGGAGUGGUGAUUGGCGUGAACAGUCAGAACCACAUCGUGCGCAGAACCGGCGUCAAUGCCACCAAUCCCAUAGGUGGGUGACGUCACGUGUGAUGUUUUGUCCACACGGCGAUGACCUUAUCUUUGACUUGAUGUUGUCACUGAACUUUAUGGAGACAGCUGGGUGGAGGUAGACGGUGUGGUGUCCAGGAUCGAGCAGCACAGUCACACCAUGUGGGGCGUCAACACCAUGCAGAUGACAUGGACGUCACCAAGCGUCUAGGGCUGUGGGCUGGUCGCGUGUGAGGCUGUGACUAACAGCAACAAGUGUCACCACACACACCUCCAUCUUUCUCCUCCUUGCCUGUUACCUGUCUACAAGGGUCUCACUCUAAAACCGCACUCUAGCUCCCUUACAGCCCCAAAGCUUAACUCACUUUUCUCCCAUCCGACCAGACAAGCAACCUUCUGUCGCUACCCUGGGUCUAACCAACCUUCUGUCGCUACCCUGGGUCUAACCAACCUAACUUUAAUAUUGAAACAGUUCAGUUUCUCGACUGUUCUUGAGGCGCCUUAGAAGGUUUCAUAAGACACAGCACUAACAGUCUCUAAACUCUUCUUCACACUCACACGCACUCUCACACACUUACUAACACAAUCACACACACCACUCACACUCACGCACACACAAUGCAGUGGACACUAAAAUAAAACUUGUGUCAAGAAUUAUUUCUAACUGUACCUGUGGGACUUUCUCAAGCAGCCUCAAUAAAUGUAUUUCCUAACGACGUUUUUCAAAUAAAUUAAAAUGUUCUCUCAAUAGCAGCUUAUUUCUCCGUGUGCCUGAUGUCUGUCGAGUUGUGAGCAGCUCACUGUGUACCUUUCAAUCACAGUUUUCUCUUUUAUUCUGGUCUUGUAGGUUCCUUGUGACAAAGCUUGAGUUUUAAGUGAAGAUUGUGUGCGUGUGUUAAUUAAUCCUUUAAGUAUCAGGCCUGCACUUUUCUUGUGCUCACAAGUGAGAGAGAGAGAGAUGAACACAUCGAAACUGAUCGCCACCUUCAGUCUCAGUCUCUGUCUCUCUGUCUCUCUGAUCUUUACAUGAGAAAUGAGUUUGUGUGACACCAUCAUCGUUGUACAGCACUUGAGGAGUUAUUAUAGAAUAUUGCUGUUACCAAACACAGUGGGAGUGGCACACCGGGCAGGCUUCAGUCACACCAGUGUGUGCUGAACAAUUAAAGUCGGGCAGUUAUUCUUCUCUGUGAAGGAAUAAAGAU